GGUUUUCGAAUUUAGUCAACAAAAAAUUCUACAAACAAAUUGUACAUUUUUCACAGAUUUUUCAUGUAAACUUUUGAUUUUGUUUUAUUAAAUUAAAAUAAAUAUGGAAGACGAUGCAAAACUAACGUUAAAAAAGAUCUGUUGUGCAUGCCUAAGCGUUGAUAGGAAAUUGAGUCAACUUUGUAAGCUCAAGGAUGGUGUAAACAACUUAUUUACACUAGUUUCGGUGGACUCCGAGGCAUAUGAGGCUAUGUUCAGGAGAGAUGGGACACAGCUAUACAUCUGUUGGGAGUGUGGUGCGCUGAUGAGGAGGCAACGGAGGUUUAUUGACCAGGUGUGCGAUGCUCAGAAACAGCUGUCUCAAAUUAUUGAUGGUCAAGUUAUUUUGAAACCCCAAAAUAGUCUAUCAAAACUAACUAGGAUUCACCAAAAUACAUACGACAAAGAAUUUAUAUUUCACGAUAUUGCCAUAGACAAUUUUAUAGACUGUGGACCUGAUAUUCACAUUCCAGUAAAAUCAGAAACACCUUUGAUAGACAUAGAUUAUGAAUUGGCUAGUGUAAGUGAUGGAGAAUCAACCAUAGAUAAUGUAGAAGAAAUUACAGUAUCAGAAAAUAAAUUAUUAAUAAAACCUCUUACCUCGAAUAAAAGACUAUCAAAAGGAGAAUCCAUAGACAACAUAGAUGAUAUUAUAGAAGUAUUAGAAAAUGAAAUAAAAGUUAAUAUUAUCAAUGAAAAAGUGGAGAGUCAACCUAAAUUAAAUAAUAUAACAGUAGUAGAUAGAAAAUUUGAAAUAAAACCUCUUGAAAAUAAUAGAAAAUUAAGAAGUAAAAGUACAUUUAAAGAUCCCAAAGAUAAAAAGAUUAAAAUAGAAACUCUUUGGAACAAAAGAAAAGUUAAGAAAGAAGAGGAUUUCUUAAAAGAAGAUGGUUUCUCUAGAAUGAGAAUGACUGAAGAAGAAUUGUUAGCUAGUAUUGAAAGAAGGAAGUCUGAAAAUGAUUAUGUGCUCGCGUCAUACAAGUGUGAGUCUUGUGUAGAAGUUUUUAAGGAUCAAAAUGAUUUGGAGGAACACAAUUCAAAAUCGCAUUUACAGAAAUCGAAAUUCAUACAAUGUGACAUCUGUCAAGUUUACAUAAAGUUCUGGUGGUUAGCACAACACAAGGACGAACAUUACGUCAAAUAUCAGUGUAACGAAUGUACUGAAGUGUGUUACAAUGUGAUAGAUAUGCUGUUACAUUUGAAGAACACGCAUGAUAUGCGGAAUGUGUUAACCAAGGAUAUAAUCAGACGGCUCAAAAGAAGAGCGCAACAAACGAAACCAGAUUUGGCGCCAAAAAAGAGCGAUGUAACAGAAGAACAGACAAACGAGGAUUCACCAUCAGGGUAUAAAUGUGCUGAGUGUAAUAAGUGUUUUGAGAACAGAUACCAGCGAUACAAGCACGUCAUGAGACAGCACAGGGAGGGCCAUAAGUGCGACACGUGCGGCAAAACCUUCGCGUUCAAAAACACGCUCACCAAACAUGUACAGAUCCACGCGGCUCCCCAACCAAUGGAACAAUGUGCAGUGUGCGGUAAGAUGGUGCGUCGCGACGGCGUCAGAGCGCACGCGCGUAUCCACGGCACUCGCGCGACGUUCCACUGCGUCGCGUGCGACAAGCGAUUCGUGUCGCGCGACUCUUACGAGAAGCACCUCAAGUACUCCAGCAAGCACGCCGUCACCGAUGUACGCAAAUACAAAUGCACGAUGUGCGACAAAGGCUUCCGCACAGCAACCGCACUGAACGACCACGUGAACUACAAUCAUAUGGGGAAGACGCAGCAUAAGUGCCCUAUAUGCCACAAGGCUCUGGCGACUCGUCGCUGCGUCACGCGACACGUCAGCCGCGCGCACCUCGGCAUCAAAGAGAAGUCGGGCGACAAGAUACUGUGCCAGACUUGCGGGAAGGCUUUCAGGGACACAAAGUGUCUCCGCGAACACGAACUAAUACACACGGGCGAGAAACCCCUCUCCUGCGAUCUGUGUGGACGCACGUUCAGGCAGAGUGCGUGCCUGUACACGCACAAGCGUCGCGUGCACAAGGUGACGCCCGCCAGGCUGCGCGUGCGCCACACGACGCCAGACUGCGCCACAUCCGCGAACUCUGUUACUUUGAAUGUGAAUAAAAGCGAAAUAAGCUAA